AUGGCUAUCUUGGCACCAGUGGUCACCUUGGAACCAAUGGUGACACCAGAAGACAUCAUUUUGAUGCAGCAGGAAGCAGUGUUCACUCCAGCUCAGUCUCAGUCUGUCUUCAGUUCCGCCACUCAGCUCAACGUUCUUCACUCCAGCAACUCAGUUCCACGUUCUCCAGCUCUCGGUUCCACGUUCUUCAGUUCCGCCACUCAGCUCAACGUUCUUCACUCCAGCAACUCAGUUCCACGUUCUCCAGCUCUCGGUUCCACGUUCUUCAGUUCCGCCACUCAGCUCAACGUUCUUCACUCCAGCAACUCAGUUCCACGUUCUCCAGCUCUCGGUUCCACGUUCUUCAGUUCCGCCACUCAGCUCAACGUUCUUCACUCCAGCAACUCAGUUCCACGUUCUCCAGCUCUCGGUUCCACGUUCUUCAGUUCCGCCACUCAGCUCAACGAUCUUCAACUCUGCACUCAGCUCCACGGUCUUCAGCUCUGCAACCCCGCUUCACGAUCUUCAGCUCUGCUACCCCGCUCCACGAUCUUCAGCUCAGCAACUCAGCUCCACGGUCUUCAGCUCUGCAACCACGCUCCACGAUCUUCAGCUCAGCAACUCAGCUCCACGGUCUUCAGCUCUGCAACCCCGCUUCACGAUCUUCAGCUCUGCAACCCCGCUCCACGAUCUUCAGCUCAGCAACUCCGCUCCACGGUCUUCAGCUCUGUAACUCUGCUCAACGCGUUCAAGUCCUUCGCUCCCGAGUCAGUCUCCCCGUGUUCCUCCUGCUAGCCAGCUUCCGCACCCUUCACCUCCGUCCAUAAAGACUCUGGUUCCUCUCAUCAUUCACCCAUCAUUCUGUACAA